AUGCACUGUAUUCCAUCUGCGGCACUUCAUACAUCAGCUUCAAGCGCGCGGAAUGUCGACGAGUACCCGUUUCAUGCAUGGCGCGUGCCUGAGUUACAAUACGAGUCGCGCAGGCUCGGGCUCGCUGUAUCGAAACCCAAAACAGCACUCAUUGAUCAGCUGCGUGCAUUUUAUGCUGCAAAUCCUCAUGUUGCCUUUCCGCGCGCCCCUCCAUCGACUGCCUCACUUGCGUCCCCACCCGAUAGUUCGGAGGGGUUUGAGGUUGUGCAAAUGCGAAGGGCACACCAGACAGCGGAUUCUUCCGUCGAGGAGCUCACUUCCAAUUUUGUAUCAGCAAAAUUAACGCGGGCCCCACCAAAAAAACCACGGUGCAAAUCAUUAAAGGCCGGCAAAGUUGUGUCUUCAUCAGCGUCCGAUACAGCGUCCGAUACAGCGUCCGACUCAGAAGCAGCACCGGCAUUGGAUGCAGGGAUCUACAGCAGCGAGGCAAACGCAAUCGAUAUACCACUUGCAGACGCAAUCCGUGCUGAUGCACAACUGUACCGCAGAGUUCUCUUGCUGGAGCCGAUUCCUCUUGAUGAACUCAUGGGCCUUGCACAGCGCGCGGGCGUCCUGUCUGGCAUAAUGACAAAGGAUCGUGCACUUAUGCGCACAUGGCUCGAUACACAGGGAAUUUGCUUUUACGAGGCGGAGUUAUGA